GCAGAGCGCUGUGGUUUGGGAUUGGACAGCUGGGCAGAACGGUCACGUGACGGCGACUACUUGGCGGGACCAGCUCCAGAAAUGAUUGAGUCGGCUACUGGUCCGUCUCGAUCGCACAGCCGGGCACCGCAAGUAUGAGUGGCUAACAGUCCGCUAGGACAACCGUCCGAGGCUUCUGGGGGCCAGGGAACGACUCCCACUGCUAAUGGUCCGCACUGGUUGCCGUGCCUAAUGUCCCGCUGAGAGCCGCCGCCGAAACCGAACCGUACUGCAGUUCGCGUGGCUUCGAGCAGUGCUUCCGGUCUUGUUAAGCUGGCAAGAGCCAACAGAGCUAACCGCCAACGGGCUUGCCCCGCUCCUCGAGCCCUGAGCGGUGAGCGUCUUCUUCGCUCUCUUUCCCGAUGCCGGGGCGUGGCAGCACCACUAGACGACACGGCUGCGGACUUUCGGAGUACCCUGAGGUCACUGCCGUGGGACUGCGCGCGUCAUAACACAUUCCAACUUGGUUUCAGCGAUUUCCUGGGUGAACUAACGAAGACGUUUCGUGGAGAUUAGGCGAAAAUAAAGGGCGCCUUAUGGGCAAUAUCCACAUACGCAAGAUAGCAGCCACAAGCGAGCAGCGGGAAAAAAUUAGACGAGGAUGCACAGGGACGUUCACCUUAAAUGUGGAUCACAAACGAGAAAUGGCUUUGCAUGACUCCCGACUGGCGUCGUCGGAACAUGAGCGGAGGCGAGUUCUGGUGGACAGAUGCUGGAGCGUUCCGCUCACCUCGUCGCUGUCCGCCUUCUUACUAGUCAUGAACAGCUCUUGCUACGGCUUUCUCUACGUGCUGUUCACGCAAAAGUACGAGAUCAGGCACGGGCAAGCAGCCUGGCCUUCGAGCGUUAUGGUCAUCGCUGGAACGCUUGUGUGUUUAGUGGUUGGCCAGCUUCAACAUAAGGUGUCCGUCUAUCACAUCACCCUUGCGGGAGGCUUCCUGGCUUCACUUGGCCUCGUGGCGUCCGCCUUCGCUCCGAACAUUUCCUGGAUGGCGUUUACGUUCGGCGUGCUUCAUGGAGCUGGAAUUGGCACAGCGUUGCUGGGUUACACCCUGUAUAUCCUUCUCUACUUCAAGAAAUAUAGUGGUACUGCAUUCGCAAUAAUGUGGAUAGCGAGGGCUUUUUCCGGAAUAGCUGGCACAUCACUACUUUGGCACCUGGCGAACACGUAUGGAGUUGAAGGCUGCCUUCUUUUAACCGGAGGCCUACUGUUGCACGUAGUGCCAUUCACAAUGUUCAUCAGGGUGCCCAGCCCAACUAGAAUACGUUUUUGCGCCUUUACCGAAAGGCGGAGAAGGACACCACAUAACCUAGAUGCGCAAAACCCUUUAAGCAACUCUAAGAAAAUACCGUCGGCCCCCUCACAUAAUAUACCGGAGGUGCUUCCUCCCGCUGACCGCCUGUGGGCAACGACCAGCUCAUUCACAAGCACAUUGGCGAGCAUGCGAACUUGGCAUUUCUACGCGGCUGUAUUCUACUCUGCCAUGUGUGAGUACUUGUUCGGGACGUUUAACGCGACGGUGGUAGCCUACGGGGUCGACAAGGGUUGUACACUCGAAGACAGCAAGCAGGUUGUGGUUUACAACUCCGUGGGACUUCUCGUUGGCCGUGUGGUGAUUCCAUUCUUAACUGACAAAAUUAGCUCCUCUCGUUCCCCAACGGCCGUGGCAAGCUUUUUAGCAGCCGCCAUAUGCUUCUUUGUGCUGACACACGUAUCGACGUACGCUGGCCUAGUUGUAGCGGCCUCAGUCAUGGGAGUCGCGCAGGGCUACGUGCUGUGCAUCAAGUCCGUGAUCGUCUCGGACCAUGUGGGCGUGGAAUGCUUCACUUUCUGCAGCGGCGUGGGAGGACUGUUGGCAUUACCACUGUGGCUUUCAGGACCUUCAAUUAUUGGUUUUUUUCGAGAAAUUAACGGAUCGUACGAUCAUCUUUACGUCAUGCUUGCCAUCUUGUGCCUGGUACACGCUGUACUUUUGGGGUUGCUGACUUGGCGAGAAGCGAUGCAGAGAAGACAGCAACGGGAGCAGCCAUCCUACGCGUGUGUUAUGCAAGAUUUACAGCCCAUAAAAGAACUAUCCGCGGUUUGAUGGUUCAGAUAAUGGUGCUGCGCUGACCGGCAUGGCUGCUUCUAAUUGAAAGACAGCUCAGUCACCACAGGAGCUACAAGCAGAUGAAAACGCGACAGGUGACUUGUUUACAGGAACCAAAGCGAGAAAGUCGCACCUCGUGCACAAAGUACGUCAUGCCGACAAGGCACCAAAUUUACAAGAGCGUUCGUUCAUAGGAGCUCUUUUGAAACAACCUACCGCUAUUUCUUUACACUGAUAUCGCAACUGACCGGCGCGAUUUCUUGCAAACUGGUGUAACGUUCGAAAUAUUUCGAGAAUGAGAGGCACGAAUCUUGAAAAGCCAACUAAUAUAAUUAAACAUCCACAGAAGUCUAUUGUAUUUCCUAUGACCAGCAGGCUGGCCACAUUAAAUGGUUUAGUGCUUCCAGGGCUACGCAUUUUCGCCUAUACUAUACAAUAAUUGCUGAACUUGAAAGCAUCAGUGCGUCAGCUUGUGGUAGAUUCUCGGCAACUAGUAUGCUGAGAGAAGUGAACCGAGCAUCAAGCAGUUUUGGUUUCUCCAGAGUGCGUUCGUGGUACUUGUAAUGUAAAAGUAUUCAGUUCUAAUUUUGCUGCAUUCUUCUGACGUCAAGCUUUUGUAUAAACCAACGCAAGCAUCAGAGGGUGACCCACAUCGUUGUUUGAACCGGUCAAUAAAACUCUCGUCGUUAAUAUGAG